AAAACAUAAAGUGCUGCCAAGGUAGCCAUGAAGCGUGAGCAGCAAGAAGAAACUUAAAAGCAAGCGAAGGAACCAAUUAAGGCUUUCCACGAAAGAGUCAAAGGGAAGAUGGUGAAACGAUAGCCAGUGGGCCCAACACUUUUCAUCUCCUCAACUCAGCUCUGAAUUGGCGAAAAAGAAAGAGCCGAAGGAAACUCAAAAACGACAUCGUGACAUUCCAUUGACCACCGUGCAAGUCCUGGGAUUAUUUGGAAUGGAAAACGAGAGAGAGGGAGUGACAGUGGCGGUGGAUGUAAGACCGGUGCCGAGAGUAGCGGUUGUGGUGUUCCUGUUGAGGUCCCAAAAGCUCCUACUUGGAAAACGUCGCUCUGCAGUUGGUGAUUCCACUUUCGCCCUCCCCGGCGGCCACCUUGAGUUUGGAGAGAGCUUUGAGGAUUGUGCUGCAAGAGAAGUGAAGGAAGAGACUGGUUUGGACGUUAACAAGAUUGAGUUUCUCACUGUUACAAACAAUGUCUUCCUAGAUGAACCAAAGCCCUCUCACUAUGUGACCAUCUUCAUGCGUGCAUUUCUGAGAGACCCUCAACAAGUCCCCCAAAAUCCUGAGCCGAACAAAUGUGAUGGUUGGGCUUGGUAUGAAUGGGACAAUCUCCCAAAACCUCUCUUUUGGCCUUUGGAAAAGAUGGUGCUCAGCGGCUUCAAUCCCUUUCCAGGUGUCUAGAACUGCUUAUCAUUAAAGUCAUAAUGUGUAUCUAUUUAUCUAUCACUUUCUCAAAUGAAACAAAACGAAUUUAUGUUUGUUUUGUAGUGUUUUGGGACCCUGGAAAUGCUCUACUUGAGGCUUUUGUUUUAAUCUAAUUGAUCAAUUUAGUUAGUGUUCUCA